AUGAGUGGUGUCCAGCCCCUCGACUUCACCGCCGCUCGCCACCUCCUUGAGCAGGCUAUCAUCAAUCUCCGGGACUGCAUCGACAUCCGGGAGGUCAUGGCAGCCUCCGACUUCGUCGACCCCGAGAAGUUCGACGAGCUGAGCUCCCACAUCUGGGACACCAAGGUGGAGAUUGCCCACCAGAUCCGCGAAUUUGGCGAGCCCCGGGGCGCCGCCAUGCUGACCAACUUCUUCCGCCGGUUGAUCGGCAGCAUGCCCAACGCCGAUGGAGUCAUCCCCUGA